AUGCGUUUAAAUAUAAGGGAUGUGGAGGAAAUCGUAAUGUAUUUGAUACUCGGCGGGACUGCGAGAGAAGUUGCCUCCACUGUAAGUUUUUGGAGCCUUAAUGUUAAAAGAGAUUUCACUUCGGAUGGAUCAGCCUGUAGACUCGGAGCUUCUCAACUUCCGUUGAAUGAUGCGGUCAGAUGUGAAGAUGCAACCUGCCCAGAAGGUUUUCAUUGUGCUUUUGGUUUAUUUGCUGAAUGCUGUAACACAACAAUACAAAGGGAAUUUGAUAGUGCUUAUUCUGAGACAUGUCCAGAUGGUUCAAAAGCAGGUGGUGUAAAAAAAGAAUACUUUAUGGCAACAUUUGGCAGAAGUUGUGACGAUAUGCUGUGUCAACCAAACCAAAAAUGUGUUCAGAUAUCAAAUAGAUUUGCCAAAUGUUGUGGCUAA